AGUGACAAAAUUAGUGGAGGAAGCGCUGACAAAAUCGCUGCUUGGCUGGCGUAAGCCCAAUUUUAGGCUCCACCUGCCAAGACAACUAAUACUUCAGUCUUUUUCCAAGCCUGGUGAUGACGAGACGUUGGCUGAUAGUGAGCUUGCUGCUUUAUUUGGGUGCCCGAGAGGCCUCCACGGGCGUCAUGGAUAACUUUGGUGAUGGCCUCAAGGUGGCUGGACAGAUGUUUGGCAUCAACACCGCCGCCGACGUGGCCAAUCUGGUGGCCAAAGCAUUCUCGGGAAAAAAUCCACAGCCGAUGCCCAAUUUAAUCAACUUUAUGCCCCUCCAGUGGCAGACACCAAGGGGAGACAAGGAUGAAGAGGAUCAGGAGGAUCAGUCUAACCAGGAAACGGAGACGGAAAACGCUCAAGAGGAGCCGUCAGUGGAUAGCAGUACCAGGAGGCCUCCACCGAAGCAGGGAUUCGAUACAGUCCAAAUGUUCACGAAUAUGAUGCGAAUGGUGGGCUUUGACACCCGAAAGCUGGGAGCUCUGGCCCUAAACGCCAUCAUAAUGGUUGCCCAGGCGAUUGGAAGUACCAUAAUGCAAGCCACCCGGGGUGGAGCCUCCCUAGAUGCCCCAGAAGCCCUUUACGAACAAAACGAAAGCCAACCUCGGUCGCUGCCCAUUAGCUCACCCAUUGAUUGGUUCCUCCAGCGAGAAGAUGGUCACAGCAAGAGAUUACUUCAAGAAAUCAUGGAUCGAGAACUGCCAGAGAGGAUCGUGGACAUGAUUUCCGAGAAGGAAGACCCAGAGAAGGGACACAAGGCCGGGUGCAUGAAGCUGCUCAUGUGCAAGAGUCAGCCGAUUAUUUGGGGCAUGCAGGACUCUCUCAAGAAACGUAUAGCCGGAGAACCCGAGGAGCAGGAGGAUACCGAUAGCUUUUUCAACAAGAAGGUGUUCUACAAGUAUCUGCCCAGCCUGGAGGACUUUCGGGAGCAUAGUACUAGCUGUGAGGCUAGAUUCCAUGAGGAGUGUCCUCGCAAUGCAACCACUGGGGGGUUCUAA